AUGGCGGACGGAAUAACGUCACACAACACCGAGCUCAACAAUCCUCACGUCCGUCAUGGGAACCGGUUGAUGGCGAUGCACAUGAGCUGGGGACACGACACGGUCUUCCUCACCGACCGCUGGCCUGGCAACGACCCUGCCAUGUUCUCGUUGGCCAUCAUCUUCGUCUUCUGCCUUGCUUUCCUCAUCAUGUUCCUCCUUCGCUUUGAGUACACCAAGCCGGGUACGACCAAAGUCGGGGCAUGCCUUUUCAAGACCGAGCUUUACACGGUGCGUUUGGUGGUGAGCUACAUGGUGAUGCUUGCGGUUGUGUCGUACAAUGGCGGCAUAUUCUUGGCCGCAGUCAGCGGGCACGCGGUGGGUUUCUUGAUUUUCCGGAGCCGGCUGUUCGGUAAGUGGGACCACGAGUGA